AUGACUACAUCAUACCUACUGCCUGUCAACACCUUGGUACUUGUUACAGGUGCUAAUGGCUUCAUAGCGUCUCAUACUAUCGACCAGUUGCUUCAAAAAGGCUUCAAAGUUCGGGGCACAGUUCGUACCCCCAAGCCUUGGCUCAAUACCUUUUUUGAUGAGAAAUACGGCAAAGGGCGCUUCGAAACCCAGGUUGUGACAGAUCUCGGGGAUGCCCAACAACUGCAAAAUACAAUGCAGGGGGUUGGAGGUGUGAUCCACAUGGCAUCUGAUCUGACUUUCAGUUCGGACCCCAAUGCCGUCAUUCCCUGGGUGACGGAUGCUGUGCGCAAGGUCCUCGAAGUUGCAUCUCGGACUGAAACCAUCAAAAGGGUUGUUCUCACUUCAUCGUCACGAGCUUCCUAUACGUCUUUGCCCGGUAAAACCAAGGGUCUUCGCAUAGACGAUAAUAGUUUCAAUGAUGAAUCAGUCAAAGCAGCAUGGGAUCCAACCACUCCGGAGAAUGCCAAAGCUUUUACCAUUUAUUCUGCGUCUAAAACAGAAUCCGAGAAGGCCGCAUGGGCAUGGAUGAAGGAUAACCAACCCCAUUUCGACUUCAACACGGUGCUUCCCGACUUUAAUAUCGGAAGGGUUCUUCAUCCAGAGAUUGGUGGCUCGACCAUGAGCUUUGUACGCAAUCUUCUCAAAGGAGAUGCUAGCGUGAUAGGUUUUGUCCCUCCCCAGUGGUAUGUGGAUGUUGAGGACACCGCUCGUCUCCAUGUCAUCGCGCUACUCAGUCCCGAUGUGAAAUCCCAAAGGCUCUUUGCCUUCGCAGCAUCAAAGAAUUGGACAGACUAUGUUCAAACUCUUCGCAAGCUACGACCCGACAACAACUUGAUCCCAGAACCUCCUGCAAAUGAAGCACGGGAUGAAGCAGAUGUUGUUCCAGUCCAAAGAUCCGAGGCUUUACUUAAAGAGUACUUUGGCAGGCAAGGUUGGACUCCAUUUGAUGAAAGUCUUGCAGCUGGUAUCGAAGGAUUGGUAUAG